AUGUUAUACUCGAAUUUUACGUCACCGACAAUUCGGAUUUGUAUCAAAGGAAUUGUAUUACCUGAGAGUCAUAACCCGAGUCCUAUGAUGGGAAGUAUCAGUCCUAACUCGACGAAAAUUUACUACCCACAGCUCAGUGAAUCGGCAGUUUGGGUGUAUAAUCACAAAGAGUAUUUGCACAUCAAUAAUCAUGAUAUUGUUAAUAUUAUGACAGAACGGGAAAUCUUUACACCUUCAGUAACUGACCCGAAAGUUUCUAAAAUCGAAAUGGUAAGUCCUCACAGAAUUUGUGAUGACGACGGGCCAACUAUUAUUGCUUCAUGUCAUGUAGAUUUCCAAAGCGGCCAUGGUAUCCUUCUGUCUCAUUUUUUUUAUCUAUUUACUUCCUGGACUUUUGGACACUCUAUCGUACAAGAUUGUCCGAAUGUUCCUGUCUACAACAUAGAUAAAAAUUUUAAUCCGCCUUACUGGCCUACUUGCAUUAUCAAGGAAUACGCUGGAUACCUCAACAACUGUUGCAAUCAUCGAAGAGAAUUAUCGUGUGAAGAUGAAGCUCAUAAAUUGAUAAAAUUCAAAUCAACACACACAUUUUACAUUGACGAUUGCAAGUUUGUAAAUCUUCAUUUUGAAGAUCACGAAGCAAGAAACCUUAAAGUGUCCAUCGUAUCCGACGAGGAAGUGCUUGAGACCUUGGACUUGAAAGAAUCCAACGGACUGUUGGCUGAUUUUUCUACUCCAGUGGUAUUUUUUACCAACAAAACGGACGAGAACUGUGAAGCUUAUGAAUUUAGCUACUCCACCAUUUUUCAAUUUGCUCCAAAUCUUGGAUACUUCACUCUUUAUCGUGAUCAAUCGAAAAUGGCAGCACUUGUCUACUCAUUCAGGAAGCCAACAGACUUCAGCUUGGAUGGCAACAUUGGCCACUACGUCCUGAGACACCUGCCGGAUUCUGUGGAUAAGUCCCGGUACAUCUUUAUCAAGCUCUUGGAUGCCUAUCAAGCAUUUCCAGAUGCUCCUCAUGAAGUAGAAGCAAAACAAAAAUUCGAUUUAGGAGCUACACAUGUAGAAAACAUCAUCAUAGAAAUGGUCGUUCUGCUAGACUUACAAGAAUCCGAGUAAGUAAUGGCAAUAUUUCAUUUACAUUGUUUUGUUUUACUGUAUAGAAUAAUUUCACUUGCAGCACUACACCCACUGAAAUGAUGAAGGAAAUGUUGAUGUACUACAAUUACAUUGAUAUGCUCUACUGCAAUUUUAAAAGACCAAGCAUCGGGUUUAAGAUGGUGAAAAUUAUAAUUCCGAAGCAAUCUACCUAGCAACUGAACUAAACCACGCC